AUGCUUCCGCGGUCAGAAAAGACACACGACGACAGGACCUUCACUUUGCUACUCGGCGUUUUCUCUGCAAAAGCCUCCAAAGGUGGUCGCUUCCUGCCCGCUGUGCGCGACUUGCUUUACGACGUGACGGGGUGCCAUCCGGUGACCUAUGCGGACACGCGACUGACUGGACAGGGCGAGGUUCCCGUGGAGCGUGUCCUCACCAAUGCGUCUGUCUACAAUAGCACCUCGCUGAAACGACAGUGCUUGGACUACAUGCUGUUCUUCCCCUACGUUUCGCCUCUCGAUGGUGAGAACGGCCACGAACCCGUCGUCCCAGCCACCUGUCAGAUCCAGAAGUUUUCGGUGGACAGGUCCAAAGAUGUUGGAGCUCCUGUGACACAGUUGUCGGAUCACUAUGGCCUCGAAGGCAGUUUGGCCAUCAUCGAGUCGCCUGCUUACCUCUCCGCCCAGCGGCCGGAGCAGCGGAGCCGGGGCACGGACGUGCUAGGCCAGCGUCCGGCGGACGGCUAUGGCAACACGGACACCUCCCCACUUGCAGCGGAGGCACUGCAGAGAGAAGAUGGGCUAGCCGAGGAGUCAAUGGCUGAGUUGCCAGUGGUUGAAGCCGAAGCAAAGCCGCUGCCCACGGACAGCAGGGAGCCGGCUGAUACAGCGGCAGAUGUUGUCAAGUUGGACGUAGACUGCGAUGCAAGUCCUGCUGAUCUGGCUGACUUGGCUCUUGGAUAACGUGCAGAUGGUGGAUUUCCAACCG